GUCCAGUCCGUUCCUUCUGGCAGUCUGAUGACCUUGGGCCUGUCCCUGUGCUCAGGCGGUGCCGCAGUCAGGGUCCCAGCUAGUGCGUCAUGUUGGGGAGCGGGGUUUGAUGAAGCGCUCGCUUUCGUUUUCUGCAAAGCCAAGCCCACUUGUUUCCAUUUACUCGACAGGAAGUUUAGGGGGCACAGGUACUCCUGCGACUGCAAGCUGCCCAGACCAUGCAGAUCCUGUGCUUGGCUCUUUGUUGCCUGUGGCUUCUCCUGCAAAGAACAGCUGUGGCAGCCUGGUCUGUAAGAGCCCAGUGUGGGGAAACUGCACUCCUACCAUGUCCUACUGCUGCUGGAGGGAUGCACAACUACUGGGCCAUUGGCUGGUACAAGGUAGCCAACGAGAGUCAUGAAAUGGGGCUGAUCCGGAGACAUGAGAAUAGCACCCGCCUGUAUUCAGGGACCCAGCGGGAGUUCCUGAUGGAUGAGCAGCAAUCCUUGGUCAUUCCUGAGGUCCAGCCGGAGGACUCUGGCACCUACCGCUGUUCCCUGUGGGCCAGAGUUGGGCAUUUCAAUCAGCAGGCAGACAUCAUCCUGCAGGUAGCAGAGUGCUCAACUGCCCGGUCGAUCUCAUCACCCAGGGGGACUAUGCUGCUGGUUUCAGAGCAAGGAAGCAGCAUGAGCCCUAAUUCCACCUGCUGCUGGGGGAAACCGGUUCCUGUCCUUGCUACUGCCCUGGGGCUGUUGGCUCUCAACCUGGGGAAAGGGCUGCUCAGCCUUGCCUUCACUCCGGUGAUUGUCGUCAUGCUGAGAGGAAAGAGAGGGAACAAAGCGGGAGAGAGCCUCUAAGUGUGAAGAUGAUGGAAAGAGAGAGAUUUGCUUCCACCGAGAAUUUGCAGCUUGUGUGCAGGAACUAGGAGCAGCUGCAUUUGUAGCUUGAGCCUUGAGCAGUGAAAGGAGGAUCAGAGCUUGAAUGAUUCCAGUAGCUUGGAAUGACGUCAGGUGCACUACAUGGCCCGUAGCCACUCUCUGCAGCCACAGGCCCCCAGCACUGCUCCUUUUCUCUCUCCCUCCCCAUGUCCUUUGCCUUGUUCGAUACAGUGGGGUGUAGUUCCUGGGCUCCAGUUAGACUGUAAGAUCAGGGCAGAGGCUGUCUUAGUCUGUGCUUGAAAAGAGCCCAGCACAUGGGUGAAGUUUGGCCUGAAACACCAGCUCUUCAGACAACUACAAGCCUACUUUUAGUACAUCCCUUUGGGAAACGCUGCCUCUGUCUUGAAGGACCCAACUUGAAGCUCAGGUCUUGGGUGAUGUGCAGAUCCUGUACAGCCAGACCAAGACUCUCAGCUGCCUUGGGGCGGGGUGAACAUGACCUGCAGAGAAGUGGGCAAGAUUGGAGAAUGAGAGUGGAGCUAUCUGCUCUGUGGGACGUGGCCUGCGGGGGCUUUUCUCAGUUCUGUGUAUUGUUUUAAAAUACAACUGCUUUCCUGAA